UGGUCCCUGAGCGCGGCGCGAACGCGCGAUGUCCACGUGGAGUGCCCCGCGGAGGCCCUGCCGCGCGCUCGGACUCCUGCUGCUGGUGGUCUUGGGUUUCCUGGUGCUCCGCAGGCUGCACUGGCCCCGCCUGCUCUCGCCCUGGCUGAGACACCGGCAGUCCGGGCUGCACACCAAGGGCCAGAACUUCAUGCUGGAGGACUCCACCUUCUGGAUCUUCGGGGGCUCCGUGCACUAUUUCCGGGUGCCCAGGGCAUACUGGAGGGACCGCUUGCUGAAGAUGAAAGCCUGUGGCUUGAACACCCUCACCACCUACGUCCCCUGGAACCUCCACGAGCCACAGAGAGGCACAUUUGACUUCUCCGGGAACCUGGAUCUGGAGUACGUGCUCAGAGGAUCCGGGCAGCUCUGCCGCCUGUGGCGUGUGCUGGCUCGUCCCCACCCCCUGCUUGGAUGCCCUCAGAUGGAACUAAUGUCCACCCCCCUCCUUUUCUAUUCAAGCUGGUUGCUCCGAGACUCUGGCAUGAUGCUGAGAACGACGUACAAGGGCUUCACCGAAGCCGUGGACCUUUAUUUCGACCACCUGAUGUCCAGGGUGGUGCCGCUCCAGUACAAGCACGGGGGCCCCAUCAUCGCUGUGCAGGUGGAGAAUGAGUACGGUUCCUACAACAAAGACCCCGCCUACCUGCCGUACGUCAAGAAAGCCUUGGAGGACCGAGGGAUUGUGGAGCUGCUCUUGACUUCAGACAACAAGGACGGCCUGAGCAACGGGGUCAUCGACGGAGUGCUGGCCACCAUCAACCUACAGUCGCAACACGACCUGCAGUUAUUGACCAUCUUCCUCCUAAGUGUCCAGGGGGUUCAGCCCAAGAUGGUGAUGGAGUACUGGACGGGGUGGUUUGACUCCUGGGGGGGACCCCACAACAUCCUGGAUGCUUCCGAGGUUUUAAAAACCGUGUCGGCCAUCAUCGACGCCGGCUCUUCCAUCAACCUCUACAUGUUCCACGGAGGCACCAACUUCGGCUUCAUCAACGGAGCCAUGCAUUUCCAUGACUAUAAGUCCGACGUCACCAGCUACGACUAUGAUGCGGUGCUGACCGAGGCCGGCGACUACACAGCCAAGUACGUCAAGCUCCGAGAAUUCUUUGGCUCCAUCUCAGGCAGCCCUCUGCCUCCCCCACCCGAGCUUCUUCCCAAGACGGCGUACGAGUCCCUGAGGCCGGCCCUGUACCUGUCGCUGUGGGAUGCCCUCCAGUACAUGGAGCCGCCAACCAUCUCUGAAAAGCCUGUCAACAUGGAGAACCUGCCAGUGAACAAUGGGAAUGGCCAGUCCUUCGGGUACACCCUGUACGAGACCACCAUCGGCUCCCCUGGCGUCCUCAGGGGUCUCGUGCGUGACCGGGGACAGGUGUUUGUGAACACAGUGUUCAUUGGCUUCUUGGACUAUGACAGGAAGGACAUUGUCAUCCCCUUAAUCCAGGGCUACACGGUGCUGAGGAUCCUGGUGGAGAACUGCGGCGCGUCAACUACGGGCAAUAACAUCGAUGAGCAGCGCAAAGGCUUAAUUGGAAAUAUCUACCUGAAUAAUUCUCCCCUGAAAAACUUCAGAAUCUACAGCCUGGACAUGAAAAAGAGCUUCUUUCAGAGAUUCAGCUCCAGCGCGUGGAACCUGGUCCCCGAAACACCGGUGUUCCCCGCUUUCUUCCUGGGCGCCUUGCCUGUGGCCCUUUCCCCCUUGGACACCUUCAUGAAGCUGGAGGGCUGGGAGAAGGGGGUUGUCUUCAUCAACGGCCAAAACCUGGGGCGCUACUGGAACAUCGGACCCCAGGAGACACUCUACCUCCCAGGGGCCUGGUUGGACCAAGGCAUCAACCAGGUCAUUGUUUUCGAGGAGAGGGCGGCAGGCCCUGUGAUACAGUUCACCGAGACACCCCACCUGGGCAGGAACCAGUACAUUCACUGAGCCGUGUGGCGGGA